UCCCUUGUUUCUUCUCUUUGGUUCCAUUGCUCAUUGACACAGUGAAGUAGCUUUGCAAUGAGUGACAUGGAUGAAUAUGAUAGGUUGUACAAGAAUCCCAACGAACCCAUUGAAGCUCGUCUCAAAGACCUUCUUUCUCGUAUGACUUUGAAGGACAAGAUUGCUCAGAUGACCCAAAUAGAGCGCAGGGUUGCUAGCUCCUCUGCUCUCAAGGACUUAAACAUUGGAAGUGUAUUCAGUGCUCCAAACAAUGGACCUUUUGAGAAGGCACUGUCAUCAGAUUGGUCUGAUAUGGUGGACGGCUAUCAGAAGUUGGCGCUUGAAUCACGGUUGGGGAUACCAAUCAUUUAUGGGAUUGAUGCUGUUCAUGGUAACAAUAGUGUCUACGGUGCUACUAUAUUUCCUCACAAUGUUGGUCUUGGAGCUACCAGAGAUACAGAUCUUGUUCAAAGAAUUGGAGCUGCAACUUCACUUGAACUCAGAGCUAGUGGAAUUCACUACACUUUUGCUCCUUGUGUGGCAGUUUGUAAAGAUCCAAGAUGGGGAAGAUGCUAUGAGAGUUACAGUGAAAACACUGAAAUUGCUGGAAAGAUGACUUCUUUUGUUUUAGGUUUGCAGGGCCAUCCUCCGGAAGGAUACCCAACAGGCUACCCGUAUGUGGCUGGAAGGAACAAUGUUAUUGCUUGUGCCAAGCAUUUUGUUGGAGAUGGAGGAACAGAGAAAGGUGUAAAUGAGGGGAAUACUGUGUUAUCAUAUGAAGACUUGGAGAGAAUACACUUGGUCCCUUACGUGUACUGUAUACAGCAUCGAGUUUCGACCAUUAUGGUGUCAUAUUCUAGCUGGAAUGGAAACAAACUCCAUGGUCACCAUUUUCUUCUAACUGAAAUUUUGAAAGGAAAACUAGGCUUCAAGGGAUUUGUGAUUUCUGAUUGGGAGGGAAUUGAUGAACUCUGCCAACCAUACGGAUCAGAUUAUCGUCACUGCAUCUCCACUGCCAUCAAUGCAGGAAUUGACAUGGUGAUGGUCCCUUUUAGAUAUGAACUUUUCUUGGAAGAGUUGGCCUUUCUAGUGCAAUCAGGGAAAAUACCAAUAGCCAGAAUUGAUGAUGCUGUUGAGAGGAUUUUGAGAGUGAAGUUUGCUGCUAAACUUUUUGAGUUUCCUUUGACUGACAAAUCUUUGCUUGAUAUAGUUGGUUGCAAGCCACAUAGAAAUCUAGCUCGAGAAGCUGUUCAAAAGUCCUUGGUCCUGUUGAAAAAUGGAAAGGAUCCUGGUAAACCUUUUCUUCCCUUGAGCAAGGAUGCUAAAAGAAUUCUUGUUUCUGGAACUCAUGCUGAUGAUAUCGGAUAUCAAUGUGGAGGGUGGACCGGUUCUAAAUAUGGAUCUAGUGGCCAGAUCGCAAUUGGCACAACUAUCUUAGAUGCUAUUAAGGAAGCAGUGGGAGUAAAAACAGAAGUCAUUUAUGAGCAAUAUCCAUCAAUAGAGACCAUCAACCGCCACGAGUUUCCUUUCGCCAUUGUUGUCGUGGGUGAGGCUCCCUACGCUGAGGGCAGAGGUGACAAUUCAGAGCUCACAAUCCCUUUUAAUGGAUCUAGAAUCAUAAACCUGGUUGCUGAUAAAGUCCCAACACUAGUGAUUCUGAUAUCUGGAAGACCAUUGGUCAUAGAGUCAUGCUUGUUGGAAAAGAUAGAUGCUCUUGUUGCUGCUUGGUCGCCAGGUACUGAGGGACAGGGAAUCACAGAUGUCAUCUUUGGUGAUCAUGAAUUCAAGGGUCAACUACCAAUGACAUGGUUCAGAAGAGUUGAACAGCUUGAUCAACUAGUUGAUCAUGGAGUUAAGUCCUAUGAUCCCUUGUUCCCUCUUGGUUAUGGACUAGCAUAUAAUAAGGAGAAUUUAUAUGAUUAAGGUUCUGGUUCGA